UACACUACUCGACGAGUAGGUUGUUCAUUGCAAAUAAAUCGUGAUGUGGGUUGUUGCUCUUUCACAGUUUGGUCAUUGCUGUUUGGUAUGCGAGACGCUUGGGCAACAAGUUAAUGUUGAUGUUCUAUCCCUUAUUGCAGCAGACAAGGACCAGAACUCACAUGAGACAAUGCGUUUGUCCUUAGUAAGAGAUUUCAGAUAAUCAAUUCUUAAAGGAGUAGACUUUUGAAGUAAAAGUUAAAUGCACAUGUUCAUGACUCUGAUCGUUAUUUGACCAUUGGAGUUUGACAAUAGAGCAUUCAAAGAUGGCGCUUCUGGAAUGUGUCCCAAAUUAUCAUUUGAAUAAUCAACUUUUUGCGCUUGGCCAUGUGCAAUUCUAGAACCAUGUAGAUUGAUAUCCAUUCAUUCAUGCAUUCAUUGGUGGUGCUAUGCCUUGUAGUCAAAGGACUGAAGAGCGAGCAAUGACAUGGGGCGACAUGAAAGUGUUAUCUGACCAUUCAAAGUUACUUUCAGUCAGCCGAUCCAAUCUGCAGAAGCUUUUCCAUUCAACUACUGAUUAAAUAAUCGGAAGAGGACGGAGAUAGUCAAUAAUGUAACGUAAUAGUCGGGAUCUGUAGUGAUGAAAAUUCAUAGUUUUGAAUCCUUCCCUAGCUAUGGUAGCUUCAAGUGGCAACAAAAUUUAGCAAGUAUAAACGGGGGACGUAUCUUCUCAUGUAAAAUGCACAAGGAGGAGUUUGUGGUUUUCUUGUAUACUUGGGCGUGAUGGGUUCUAAGAUGGUAGUUAUGGCUCUUGUUGCCGCAAUUGCUAUCCAAUUUGCGAAUUGUAACAUGGAAGGAGAUGUGUUGUAUGAAUGGAAGACAAAGCUGAUGGACCCUUCUAAGGUGCUAGGAAGCUGGGAUCCGACUCUGGUGAACCCCUGCACCUGGUAUCAUGUAACCUGCAACAGCGACAACUCCGUCGUCCGAGUGGACCUCGGAAAUGCAGGACUCUCCGGACCUUUGAUCCCGCAGUUGGGUCUCCUGGCUAAUAUGCAGUACUUCAUGGUGUUCGGAAAUGAGAUCACCGCGACCAUUCCAAAGGAGAUGGGGAACUGGAAGAAGCUGGUGAGCUUGGGGCUUCACCAGAACAAACUCUCCGGCCCAAUCCCUGCAUCUCUGGGCCAACUGGAGUCCUUGAGGUUCAUGACACUGAACAGUAACAAGCUGACCGGGACCAUACCCAAGGAGGUGCUUGAACUUGUUCUCUGGGGCGAUUUGCAGACCCUGAAUGUAUCUGACAACCAUUUCCAAGGGAGAGUCCACCCUGCUGAUCCCACAGGAUAUGCGGUUACAACCAUAAUGCAGGAUCCUAAGAUCGGAAGCAAGUAGAUGAAUUUACGAUGGAACCGUCGUGUCAUAGUACAAUAAAGUUUGGAUUGGCAUUUCCAAUAUUUAUUCCAAUAAAUUUACGAUCAUACGAUGUGAUCGAUAAUCAUCCGAGUCGCCCGCUUAUACCGAAGAAAGUCGGAACAUAUCAAUAAUUACAUUUCCGAUUUUUUCUCUA